AUGUCAAUAUUGUCCGUGCAAAUUGGUCAGUGUGGUAAUCAGUUGGGUGCGGAGUUAUUCCAUACGAUUUACGAAGAUUGUUUUGGUCAUAAAGUCCAGCUAUCCAGUUCCGAAAGAAACUUUAAAGAGGACUCUCUAUCCACAUUCUUUCAUAAAAAUGUUGCAGAUGGUGGAUUGGAAGCAAGGUGCGUGCAGGUCGAUAUGGAAGAGAAAGUGAUUGCACGCCUCAGGCGCACAAAACGUCGUAUCACUGGCUGGCGGUAUCCAGAUAAAAAUUCAUGCACUGCAAAGUGUGGGUCUGGAAACAACUGGGCUUAUGGCUUUUUUGUUCAUGCACACAAUAUUGUGGAGAAGCUUGAAACCCCAGUGCAACGUCAGUUGGAACGAUGUGAUCAACUGGACGGUCUGCUAAUUACAAUGAGCUUGGCUGGAGGCACCGGUUCUGGUGUGGGCACGAAAUUGCUGCUUCAUUUACCGGACUUGCUUCCAAAAACACCGACUCUUGUUCAGUUGGUAUGGCCUUACUGUCGUGGUGAGGUAUCAGUCCAAGCGUACAACACAAUCUUGACAUUGGGACAUUUAUUGUCUUCCCAUACUGCAUCUGAAUUGGAUGGGUUUUUAAUGCAGCAUAAUGAUGUCUUGCAUAGCAUUUGCUCAAGUCGUCUGCUGGCUAGCAACCCCAAUUGCCAGAUCGGUAUCGAUCACCUGAACUCAUUGGCAGCUUACCAAUUGGCGGGCAUAUUACAGCCUUUCCGGUCACCUGGGUCCGCAUCCUCCACAGGCUGUCAUCGACGUCUUUCUUCAGUGUUAUCACACUUGUGUGGUCAUCCUGACUAUCGCUUGUUACGGCCACGUUGUCUACCUUAUUACGGAUCCGAAUGCCGUGCCUUUGCGACGGAAACCUGGGCUCAACUGGCUCGUCACGGACGACAAAUGCUCUUGACCGGAUCAGCCUCUGAAGACCGGUUAGAUUGGUCUACCCAGUCCAGCGGAGUGGAUGCUGCUAGUCGCUUUCGACGGAACCGGUUGCCCCUAUUGGGCUGUUUUGCUGUUCUUCGAGGUCAAGAUGCACAGGAGCACGUGCAACAGCCGGCAUCUUUCGCACAUGAGCUGACAAGAGACCUGCUGGUUUCGACAUCGGUCUCUUGUCCCCCCACCGAUGCUUCGUUUAUUCAUGGUCAUGAUAGACCGUUCCUUGGUUACCCACGCAGUUUGUUCGUGGUAUCUAAUGGGGGUGGUUCACGUCUCGGGGAAGAUAUCCUUCGCGGGGGAACGCUCGAUUUCGCUUCCACUGGUGACCCUGCAGCCAGUUUGAAUUAUGCGAUCAGCCGCGCUUGGGGGAUGUUCGCCAGUAAAGCUUAUUUGCACCAAUACGAACGCUAUGGACUAACGUCAGAGCUUCUGAUGGAUUGCUUCGCCAAUGUGGAACAGGCGGCACAUUGCUAUUCUUCUAUCCCGUGGACUUGA